GCCAGCCCGGGAAGACAUCCGAGCUGCCGGCAGCCGCGCUAGCGACUGCGGCCGAGGAGCCCCGCGCGGCGUGCCCGGGCUGCCCGCAGCGCUCUGCCCAGCCCGGCGUGCCCGGGCCCGCUCCAGGGCACGGGCUCGGGGCUGCCAGGGUGAUGUGAGCUGCGGCGGGCGCCCAGCGAGGCAGAGCUCAAGGGCAGAGCUGGGUUUCCCGGGGGGGGAGGCGGAGGCUGCCCGCAGGCAGUGCCCGCGCCCGGGGCAGCAGCUCAGCCCCAUGUCCAGAGGAGGGGAGGUGGUUUAUAUCCCCGAUGACUCCGACUUCAGCUCCUUCAGGGAUCAGUGCGAGAGCCUGGAGGGCUGGCACUGCCGGUAUAACAAGGCCGGCGUGACCGUGUGGAGUCAGGGCCAGGAGGAGAGCUGCACCGUGCAGAAAAUCAAGACCCGCAUCUCCUGCAAGGACGUCCCCGCCGAGACCCUCUACGACGUGCUGCACGACACCCGCUACCGCAGCAAGUGGGACUCCAACAUGAUCGAGACCUACGACAUCGGGCGCCUCACCGUCAACGCUGAUGUGGGAUACUACUCCUGGAAGUGCCCGAGCCCCCUGAAGAACCGGGAUUUCGUCACGCUGCGCUCCUGGCUGCCCCUGGGCAAUGACUACAUGAUCAUCAACUACAGCGUUAAGCACCCGAAAUACCCGCCCCGCAAGGAUUUCGUGAGGGCCGUGUCCCUGCAGACCGGGUACCUGAUCAAGGCCAACGGGGACGGUGCCUGCAUCCUCUAUUACCUCACCCAGGUGGACCCUCGCGGGUCGCUGCCGAAGUGGGUGGUGAACCGCGUGUCCCAGUUUGUGGCACCAAAGGCGAUGAAGAAGAUCUACAAGGCUGGGCUGAAGUACCCGGAGUGGAAGCGCCGGCACGACCCCGAGUACAAGCCCUGGGUGUACCCCGAGCAGAACACGCUGCCCAGCGUGAGCCUGGCCGAGCUCUCCGUGCAGCACGCGGAUUCCCUGGAAAACAUCGACGAGACCGGCCUGCCCGAGGAGCACCUGAGCACCAGUGACCACGAGGCCUGAGCCCUCUGCCCAGGGAAUGCCCUCACCACCGAGGCUUGGCACCCAGGGGCACAGCUGGGAAUUUGGCUCCCCGCUUCCCAAUAGUCACAUCUGCUCUCUGACUCCUUCAUCAUUGACCCC